AUGAAUAUCUUCCCGACCAAAUACAAAUCAACUUGGAUUAUGCAGAUUAAUUCGUUAUUUUCUGUUAUAGCUCCUGAAUUUGUACUGAACAAUGAAGUGACUCAAGCAAAUGAUAUGUUUUCUUUGGGUUGCUUAGCUUAUACGAUUCACAAUAAUGGUGUAUCGAUGAUGCAAACAUUCAACAACCUACGCACUUAUGAAAGAAAGAUUCAAACUCUUUCAUCUAUGGAUUAUCGAAAUAUUCCUUCUCACCUUCAAGAUGUUAUUCGAAGGUUACUUGCUCGCCAUCCUUCUCAACGAAUCACUUUAAAGGAAUUUCAGAAUUCAAAAUACUUUGACAAUAUCUUGGUCUCAACAAUGAAAUUUUUGGAAAACUUCCCUGAAAAAACGCGUGAAGAGAAAUCUCAGUUUAUGAAAGGACUUGCUCGUGUGUUGGCUCAAUUUCCUGAAAGAGUACUGAAAAGAAAGAUAUUACCGUCAUUAUUGGAAGAACUUAAAGAUCAUCAAUUACUACCUUAUACUUUACCAAACAUCUUUCUCAUCGGUCAACAAUUAUCUCAACAAGAAUUUUGUGACUUGGUACUUCCUUCAUUGAAACCCGUUUUUAGUAUUCGAGAUCCACCUCAGAAUAUGAUUGUUUUAUUGGAUAAACUUGACGCUUUACAAGAAAAGACACCACGGGAAAUAUUUAGAGAUGAUGUUAUGCCGUUGGUCUAUGCUGCUCUGGAAAAUCCUGCAGUGGUGGUUCAAGAAAAGGCUUUACGGAUUGUACCUUCCUUAUGUGAAUCACUAGAUUAUUCUACCAUCAAGAACUCCUUAUUCCCUCGAGUACAAGCACUUUUUGUUCAAACUACUGUAUUGUCAGUCAAAGUCAGCACUUUGAUUUGUUUCCAUUCUAUGAUCAAAGUUGUCGAUAAGUACACUAUGCAAGAAAAACUUGUCCCACUUUUGAAAAAUAUCAAGACCAAGGAACCUGCAGUUAUGUUGGCUACUUUGGCAGUAUAUGAUGAAAUGGGAAAACAUCUAGAUAAAGAAAUUGUGGCGACGGAAAUCUUACCUCAACUUUGGAGAAUGAGUUUUGGCCCACUAUUGAAUGUUGAUCAGUUCAAAAAGUUUAUGCGGACUAUUCGGGAACUUACUUCAAGGGUAGAAGAGGCACAUACACGGCAUUUACAAGAAGUCAAAUCACUGGAAGAACAAACACGGGCAGCUGGUAGCAAAACAUCAACACCAACACCAAUGGAUGGAAGUGGAUUGACAGAUCAAGGGGAUGUAUCGUUCGAAGCACUUGUACAUGGAUCAACAAAGAAAAUUAGUGAUGAUAAUGAUAUGUUUGGGGAAUUCAGUAAUAAUACAACACCAAUCUUGGCAGCUAAUGGUGCUUCCAACAAAGUGGCAAGUGAUUUAUGGUCUUCUGGAAGUAGUAGCAAUCGAUCUUCACCCAUGUUGUUAUCUUCAACACCCGCCUUGGCCCCUACAACAACAUUAAAACCCAUAUCAAGUACAAAUUCUUUAAAUGAACAACAAAAACAACGACCUUUGAGUGCUGGAUGGGUCUCUUCGGCAACAACAUCACCAACUACAUCUACUUUUGGUAAUUCAUCAUCACCCAAACCUUUGAUGCCAAUGGGUUCUCCUACGACCUCGAUUUUUCCAUCUACAACCAUCCUUCCACCACCUUCGACACCAAUGUCCAAAAUGACAAUACAGCAACCAACAACUUCUACUGGAAAUGGACCGAAUUAUAGUGCAUUACGGGGGAUACCUACACCACAGCAAUCAUCCAACUUUGGUUUACUGACACCUACUUCAACUCACCAACAACGACAAGGAAAUUCCAUACAUAAUGACAAGAAUCAAGGACACAAGACAAUGAAUCUGAACUCAUUUGACCCAUUAGGAUAG